CACUGCUGUCAUUCAUUCAAAUAGUGAGUUGGCCGCUGCAUCAAGUUUACUCUUCUGAGGAGCUUCUGGAGCAAAUACUGUGAGAAGAGUGACUCGAUCUGACUGAACCUGUGUGUGUUCAGAGGAAGAGCUCUGCUGACCCGCUGGACUCUGGGCUUCACUGACACCUGCACCAUGAGGAAGGAAUCCUGCUGCAUGUUCACGUCUGGAGUCAUCGGCGCUGUUCUCCUGAUCAUGGGAACCGGACUCUUUGUGUCCGGACUCUUCCAGACCUUGAUCCACAACAAGCUGAAGGGGGAGAUCACGCUGACAGAAGGCAGUAAAAUUUUCGGCACGUGGAAGAAUCCACCGCCUCCGGUCUACAUGGAGUUCUUCAUCUUCAACCUCACCAACCCUGACGAGUUCCUGAAAGGAGAAGCCAAACCUCAUGUUACUACAAUGGGGCCAUACACCUACAGAGAGUACAGGCCCAAACACAACGUGUCAUUUGUGCACAACGGGACGAAGGUUGCUGCUUACACAGCCAAGAUAUUCGUCUUCGAGCCUGAGAAAUCAGUUGGAGACCCAAACGUGGAUCUGGUGACGACGGUGAACAUCCCAGCGGUGGCCGUGAUGAAUCGGAUCAAAGGUGCAGGAUUCUGGGUCUCCUCUGGAUUCUCCAUGUUCAUGGGCUCCAUCGGCACCAAAAUGUCCAUGACACACACGGUGCAGGAGCUGCUCUGGGGCUUCAAAGACCCCUUACUCACCCGACUGAAAACCAUAAAACCAGAAACAGACGAAUACUUCGGUCUCAUGCUGCAUAAAAAUGGCAGUGAUGACGGAGAGUUUGUGUAUCACACCGGAGAGCAGAACUACCUGGACUUCGGCCGCAUUUACACCUGGAAGGGAGAAAAGAUGGUGUCCUUCUGGAAAACCAACCAGAGUAACAUGAUCAACGGCACCGAUGGAAGCUCCUUCCACCCGUUCCUGACCAAAGAAGAGCGGCUCAACGUCUUCACCCCUGACCUCUGCAGGUCCAUCCACAUGCGCUUUGAGAAGGAGGUAGAGCUGAAGGGCAUCCCAGCAUACCGCUUCACGCCGCCCCGGGACACGCUGGCCAGCGGCAAGAACAACCCGGAAAAUGAGGGAUUCUGUGUGACACCAAAUAAAUGCCUGGACGAUGGUGUGCUGGAUGUGUCUGUGUGUCGGAAUGGUGCUCCUGUCGUCGUGUCUUUCCCUCACUUUCAUCUGGGUGAUGAGAAGUAUGCCCAAGCUAUCGACGGCAUUUCUCCGGUGCAUGAGCAUCAUCAGACUUUUCUGGAUCUGAACCCUACUAUGGGAGUGCCUGUUCGUGCCAUGAAACGAGCCCAGUUCAACAUUCAACUCGAGAGAGUUAGCGGCUUUCCGUUGACCAGGAAUCUCAACAACACCAUCUUUCCCAUCUUGUUUCUGAAUGAGUCUGUGGUGAUUGACGACGCUUCAGCGGCGAGGAUUCAGAAGCUGCUGAUGAUCGUGACUCUAGUGUCUCAUUUCCCGCUCAUCCUCAUGUCUCUGGGAGUCAUUCUGGUGCUUGUCUCCAUCAUCCUCGCCAUUCGCUUCUAUCAGAACAAGCCAUCUGCAAAGAAAGACACAUCAUACGCUCCUGUCAGCGCCAAAGUGGACGAUCAAGACAAGAAAAAUGGCACUUAUGUCGGCAUGACGCCUGUGGACAAGUCUUAAGUGGCUGUGUGUGUGUGUCACAGGUGCUUUCACUCUCAGUAGAGCGGUGUGUGUCAGUCGUCAUGAUUCACACUCGUUAGCAGACAAGCAUCUCGAUGAACGACUGAACACACACACUUCAUGGUCACUCUGCAUCCGUUUCAUUUCAUAUUUAUAGACUUUAUGUGACAUUAAAAAAACUGCUGUCAGGGAUAUUUUUAUAGAGUAUCACAGAUCAAAUGUUAAGAAACUCAAUUCGGACCCAAAUGACGCCCACAGCCCUCGCUGUCCACUGAUCACUCUACUGAAAUCAGGCCUAAAUUUAAGAUUUAUGUGUUUGAAUUCCAUCUAAAUUAAACUUAAUGUGAUGCAUAUUUGUCAUUCAUUAUAAGGCCAGAUUUCUAAAUAACUAAUCUGCAUUUAUUAGAUGUAUUACGUUUUCAAAAUGCAUUUAUUCGAAUCGCUUAAAA